UGGUAAAUAGUGUCUGACUUCAGUCUGUGGGGGUUUCUCUGAAAAGCACAAUGUUGAGAAUUUGCAGCAGGGCUUUGGUGAAGGUGGGGAUGGUGAAGCCCGGGCAAUUGGUGAAACCUGUAUCAUCGACUCUGGUUGCUGGAAGAAACCUGAGCCAGCAGAAAGAACUGCCCAAGAUGCCUGCCCCCCCUCCUCUGCAGCAGACCUGUGAUAUUUACCUGAGCUACAUGGAGCCCAUGGUGGAGGUGAAAGAGUUGAAGCGCACAAAAGAGCUGAUGGAAGAGUUUCGGAAAGCAGGAGGUGUUGGAGAAAGACUGCAGAGAAGCCUGGAGAGGAAAGCAGACAACGUUGAGAACUGGAUGACAGACCAUUUCAUGAAGGUUGAGUUCGACAAUCGUAACACUUUGUUGGGCUCUUCAAAGUCUGGGUAUAUCUUUCCACAAAUGGACUUCAGGGACAAAAAGCAACAAAUAAGGUGUGCUGCCCAAAUAAUUACGGCUGUUUUGGAAUUUAAGACAAUGUUUGAGAAUGGUACACUGCCAGCUGAGUACAUAAGAGGGAAGCCGCUGUGUAUGAAGCAGUAUGAGCAGAUUCUGUCAUCCUGCAUUGUCCCUGGUCUGGAGAAAGACUCAUUGGAGUUCUACACAGAGAAACACAUCACUGUAGCACACAACUGUCAGUUCUUUGUGCUGGACGUGUACAACAGUGAUGGGACUCCGCUGACAGUUGAUCAGCUGUGUGUUCAGCUGGAGAAGAUCUGCAACUCCUCACUACAGAACAACAUGGAGCCUGUCGGCAUCCUCACCACAGAGCAUCGUGACAUCUGGAGCAAAACCUACAUCGACCUCAUCAAGGAUAAGACCAACAAAAAGUCAGUGUUGGCUAUCCAAAGCGGCAUCUUCACAGUGUGUUUGGAUGGAGCAAUGCCUCCAGGUGAGACGUUUCACAACAAUGCCACUGACCAAGUGCUGCAUGGAGGAGGAAGUCAGUGGAACAGUGGAAACCGCUGGUUUGACAAGGGGCUGCAGAUAAUUAUUGGAGAAGACGGGACAUGUGGUACAAACACCAUAAAUUCUAAUGCUGAUGGUGUAGUCGUCAUGAACAUGUGCGAGACAUUGUUAGCUGGCAUGAAAAAGCAACAGGUGAUGCAGUCUCCCUUGGAGCCGUUGCCCGUACCCCAGAGACUACACUUCAACAUCACACCAGAACUCAAGAAGGACAUUGAGGAGGCCAAGCGGCACCUGGACAUAUGGUCCCAAGACCUGGACGUAAGGAUUACGACAUUUGACAAUUUUGGGAAAACGUUCUUAAAGUCCUACAAGUUAAGCCCUGAUGCUUUUGUACAGAUGGCGAUACAACUGGCCUACUACAGAAUACACCAGCAGAUCCCUGCUACGCUGGAAUCUGUCUCCAUGCGUACCUUCAGACUGGGCCGUUUGGGUUUUAUCAGUUCAAACUCGCCUGACUCAGCUACCUUUGUCAAGGCCUUUGAUGACCCCAAAAAACAGAACUCAGAGAAGGUUGAUUUAUUGGAGAAAGCUAUAAAGGCACACAAAUGGUACACUAACUUGGCAAUGAAUGGCCAUGACAUAUACAGCCACCUCUGGGCUCUGAAGAUGCAGGCUGUUGAGGAAAAAAUCUCCAUGCCUGAGAUCUUUACCGACACUUCCUUCUAUAAAACCUUAGACAAGGGAUUCUAUCCAAGUCAGGUACACUGCAAGGCUGGAAAUCAGAUAUGUUUUGGCGCUCAAGAACCAGGAAUGAACGAAAUCAUCUACAGUAUCAUGAACGAUCACAUUGAUUUCACGGUGGCCAAUUUUAAAUCAUCCAAUACCGGCAAAGAAAAUAGAACACAUAUGACCAAACCAGUGCAGGAUGCACUGUUGGACAUGAGGGCCCUGCUGGAACAAACUACAAGAGCUGAAACUAAUCCAGACUUAAACCAAUAGUGCAACAUUUUGGGAAAAUGUGUUUGUUGCAGAGAGUAUAAGAAACAUCUAUUAACAUUCUUGAGUACCAUCUGGAACAGCAUUGUUUUGAACGAAUCACUAUUGUAGACUAUAACAUUGUAAUCAUGAACCAUGGACAUGCACCAUGGACUGACCAUUGU